AUGGCCGAGGCCAACGCGCCAGCGCUCAUUCCCUGGACGGACACGAUGGCGAACAGCUCGCGCACGCGAGCCGCCAUUCGCAGCAUCCUGGGUAACCACACAAGUGACGAUGACCACGCAGACAUGGUGGACCGCAUCAUCAGAGUCAUCAGCGACAAGGUCAACUCGGGCAGCGAGCACUCGCCAGUCACCGCGGCCCUGCUGCAAACGCUGUACGGCAUCCUCAUCUGCUGUGGCAUCGCAACGAACCUCUUCGUCUGGUUCGUGUUUGUGCGCAAGCCGAAGCUUCGCACCACACGCAACAUGUUCAUCGUCAACCUCUGCACGUCGGAUAUCCUUCUCUGCACGAUCACCAUGCCAUUCACGCUGAUGUUCCUGCUCGAGGCGAAGUGGACGCUGGGGCUGCACCUCUGCAAGCUUGUGCCGACAAUCCAGUGCAGCAGCAUCCUGGUGUCCACGGGCACGGUCAUUAUAAUCGCGCUCGACCGCUACAACGCGAUCGUCAGGACGCCGUGCGCCUCCUUUGGGCCGCUGGCGCUGGCCAUCUCGUCGCCAAUCUGGUUCUUUAACCGCACCGAGCCGCUGCCGUUCCCUAGUUGGCCGGGUCAGAGUCCCGUGUUCUCCCUGUAUGAGAUCUGCAUGGAGGACUGGCCGAACCAGGCGUCGCGGCUGGUUUUCACAGUCGUCAUUCUGCUGACCCAGUACCUGGUUCCAAUCGUCACUCUCUCGGCCACGCACUCACGCAUCACGCGCUUCCUGCACGACCACAUGUCCACGGGCAACAUCCAGAGCCGCAUCCGAGCCGAGCUCCUGCGCAACCGGCGCGUCACGCUGGUGCUCGUGCUCAUUGUGGUGGUCUUCGCCGUCAGCUGGCUGCCGUUCCACCUGUUUGUCAUGCUGGACGAGCUGCACUACAUCGACGUGAAGACGCGCUCCUACAGCUUGGGCUUCGCCGUGUGCCACUUGCUGGCCAUGACCACGGCCAUCUCCAACCCGAUCCUGUAUGGCCUGCUCAAUACAAACUUCCAGCGCGAGUGGCUGCAGCUGGUGCCAGUCGUGUUCAAGCGGCGUGUCGGCGCGCCGGACAGCUCGCCUCGUUCCGAGGGGCGCCGGCCCACCCGGAGCCAGCCGGUGGCGCUGCCGCUCGUAACCCUGCUGCGCCCCGAGGCCAUCUCGUCCACAGCCGUGUCACAACUGGCCAGCGAGCGACCCAGCCACCGGGCGCAGGUCACGCAGUUGUAA